AUGAGUUGCUGGUCGAAUGAGGAGAGUCUUUCGUUUCUGGAACAUUACCAAAUGGAACCAUGCAUCUGGAAUCCGAAAGAUGCAAAUCAUAAAGAUAAGAAGAAACAAGCAGAUGCAUGGAUUCGUCUUGCUGAACUUACUGGAAGGCCAGUAAAGGAAAUAAAAAAUAAAAAAGAGAUAUUGAUGACUACUUUUCGCAAGCACUUGAAAAAAAAACGCGAAUCUAUGCGUUCUGGCGCAGGUGCCGAAGAAAUAUACAAUCCAACUUGGUAUGCUUACGAAACCAUGGAGUCAUUUUUACUACCAGUAUAUACUUGCAAUGAAGGGAUAAACACCGAAACACGUUUCUUCGUCAGGUCACUAAUUGGACAUCGGUUCAAAAUGACGAUUGACAGAGCUGGCCGACCGCCAGCCCCCAGGCGAGCCUCUUCGACGUACAGAAGCUACGAUGAAUUAGGCGUAAUAGAUCGCGCGAAACCUCUUAAGUACAGACAUGGAGGUAUUGAAGACCUCACCGGAAUAGAACAAAUAAGAACCUUUCGAACCUACGACCCACAAGACAUGGAUGAUAUAACUGUUAUUAGUUCGGAAGAAGUCCCGAAGCCAAAAAAGAAAAUAGCUGAGGGUCUAGCUAACGGGUUUAGGAGAACAUUUUCUGUGAGAAGCCGUAGAGAAGAACCAGAAGGCAUACCGUUAGAUACAUUCAAUGUGACUUGUGAGGAGAACUUUGCGACUGUUAGAGGAGCGCCUUUCGGAAGGCGCCGAUCUUUGUCGAGGGAUAGAGGUUCCUCGCUAUUAGGCAGAAGUUCUUCAGAGGGCGAUGUGAGGAUGGUCCCACCCCGAGCCCCACCGGCUGCGCCCGCCCCACGUCUCCACCGCUGUCUUCGAGCUCUUGGCGGCAGCUGGAAGAAUCUUUUACUAUGUGAGUCUCCGAGAUAUGUGGUUUAA